AGUUCCCACACCGUAGUAUGAUAGUAAAGUUUGUAGCAAUUAAGAAAAUGUUCCAAUUCGUGGUUAGUCUAUUCAUUUUUACGUGCCUCGUGCAAGUUGCUAGUUUCCACGGAAUGCUUUUGGAUCCCGUAAACAGAAGCUCUCGAUGGCGCUUCGACCCUUUAGCACCAGUGGAUUAUAACGAUAAUGAAGGCUUCUGUGGUGGUUUCUAUAAUCAAUGGGUGAUACAUGAUGGUAAAUGUGGAUUAUGUGGAGACGAUUAUGGUUUGCCAGCACCCCGGCCCCAUGAAUAUGGUGGACUUUAUGGGAACGGAACGAUUGUUAAAGAAUAUGCAAUGAAUAGCACACUUUCUGUUGGCGUACUGAUAACAGCUAACCAUCGAGGGUACUUCCUAUUCGACUUAUGCAAUAUGGACGAUGACCACGAAAAUGAGGACUGUUUUCGACAAUAUCAGCUCAACCUGACUACGGGUGAAAACCGCUUCAGUGUUAAAACUACAAAUCGGGGUUGGUUCAACACUACACUUGCUCUUCCCGAGAAUGUUAUAUGCGAUCACUGUAUUUUACGGUGGACUUAUAUCACAGGUAAUUCGUGGGGGAAAUGUGCGAACGACACAUAUGCUGUAGGAUGCGGACCUCAAGAAAACUUCCGAUCUUGCUCCGAUAUAGCCAUUCUUCCUAAUGCAGUUCAACUAGAUAAUGGAGUAGAAAAUAUUCCAGAAGACCCACCCGCCGAAAAUUAGAAAAAUAACUUAUGCAACUCUAAACUAAAUACACCUGGUUUCUGGAGGACUAUGUUAAACUCCGUUGAAAUUUCGUUAACUAGAACAAACAGUACCACCGAUUGUAGAAAUUUAUUUAUUAUUAUAGUAUAUAAGCAGACAUUAAGAAGUACCUUAAUAUUUAUAUUAAACA